GGGUCCUCUGGUUGAUUGCGAGGAAGAUCAGCGAGAGAUACCGCCCCGCCACUGCCCCGCCCACCACCACCACACCGCAUCAGGCCUGCUCGGGCAUCCUCACAGAGUCAAUGCGCUGUGUGUGGAGGGUAAGUAGCUAGAGCACAAUGGCGACCGAUCCCAAGGACGAGCCCAACCACGAGCCGCCGGGCUUCGUCAGCUCGCCGCGGGUCAUGUUCAUCGCUCGGUGGCUGGAGCUUCUGUGGGGCUAUGGCGUGACGCGCUUCUGCGUCGUCUUCACUGGGUGGUGGGUAAUGAGGGGCGGCAGAUGGGCCGUGCAGGCCAUCAAUCUCGUCCUCAAAUGGUCUGUCAGUUCACAGAGGAAAGAAAUGCCACACAGGAGGAGCUGGAUGGUUGCGCACUGUUUGUGUGUCGGCGUCUGUCUGUCUGUGUGACGAUCAGGGUGUUUGGCGUCACGUCGCCGCCAAAGCCCAUCGAUGGGAAGCACCACCUUUACACACUCAACUACUCCCACUUCUGUAACAAGGCACUCCACCACACACACACACAAAGGAAUCUCUCUCUCUCUCUGUGUGUGUAUGCUACACAGGCGCGUUGGGCACUGGAUGCCUCUGGGGUGGCCUACAGCGAGACGACCUACGGCGUCAUCAACUUCAAGCCCGCCAUCACGGCCGUCAGCCGCGGCACCUACGCCGCCGCGCCUUAUAUGGUGGCUGCCGACGGUAUGCAUCAGGCAGAAUAGUCGCACUCUUGUCAGGGUGUGUGUGUGUGUCGCAAAGAGAGACAGAGGUGUGGAUGUGUGUGUGUGUGUGUGUGUGUGUAGGGGCGUCUGUGCCGGACAGCACGGGCAUCUUGACAUAUCUGGCUGAGCACCACGGCAAGCGGGCGUCAUGGCUGUUCCCCAACAAAGAGGCCACUGACCUUGGUAAGAAGGCACACACACACAAACAGAGAGAGAGAGAGAGGUGUAGGUGUGUGUGCGUUUGUGCGUGUGUGCGCAUCAGAGGCUUAUUUUGACGACAAUUUUGCGUUUCCUGCGUUCCGGUUGUGCUACGGCCUGCUGGACACGGUCCCCUCCGGCCGCAUGCUCUUCCUCUGUGUGGCGCUGCACACAGAGGUCACAUCCAUCUGGAAGUGGCUCGCCAUACGUCCGUCCGCAUAAACACCCACACGGCCACACACGCACACACACACAUGUCUCUCUCUCCUUGUCUGUCUGUCGUCUGUCUGCAUCGGUCCGUUCACCAAGCGAGCUACGGCAUCCUGGGUCAGUUUUGCCGCAUGAUGAAGGCCGAGGAGGUCCCACACCGAGCGGCCGUUGACGAGGCCUUCGCCAAGGUGGAGGCGCUGCUGGCUGACGGCCGGCAGUUCCUCGCUGAGACCACCUGCCCGUCGGCUGCUGGUACGCAUGGCAUGUCUGCACGUCUGCCGGAUGGAUGGAUGUGUGUGUGUGUGUGUGUGCAGAUAUCGCCUUCGCAUCAGCUGCGUUUCCCCUGAUUCUGCCGCCAGGUGCGUGCCAUCAGAGACACACAUCAAUGUGGUGACCCACAGAGGGGUGCAUUGGUGCCUCUGUGUCUGUGUCUGUGUCUCUGUGUGUGUGGUGUGCCAUAUCAACCAAAUGCAGAGAUGUCGCAUCACUGGUUCUCCCUGGGCAACCCGCUGCUGCCUCCGGCAUACAGGCAGGAGGUCCUCAGCCGCCGGGCCACACCGGCCGGCCAGUUCGUCCUCAAGAUGUACAGAGAGCACAGACAGUGGCGCUAUGAUGCCGCCACAUAGAGACAGAG